CUGGUCCACCUGGCCUCGUCCUGCCUCUCGUUCCUCAUCAGCCCUCGUCUCAAGCUGCGAUCAGCUGCACGCGCGCAAUUCGCACCCAGGCUCCCGUCGCUCCUAAGCUGUGUGUGUGCCUUCGAGUUGCGCCGCUGUCCACGCUCGACUCGAAACCCGCGUCGCACGAGUCCGGCCGAGCCGGGACGCCUCGAGUGCAUGCCCUCGACCUGCAGCGUCAUGUCCGUCCCGUUUCCCUGUGCGAGCAUUGAGCUCGAUUACCCGCUCUACGCCCUCGACUUUGAUCCCGAGGAUGCGCAGCGCCUCGUUGUUGGUGGAGGAGGCGGUGCCGGCCGCUCCGGCGUCGGGAACAAGAUCACCGUCCUAGACGUCGCAUCGCAGACGGAGCUGCGCGUGGCCGCCGAUGUCGAGCUCUCCCGCGACGAGGACAGCGUCAUGUCCCUCGCCGUUGGCCCUCGCAAGGGCAAGACGACAUACAUCUACGCCGGCGUCAACUCGAGCCCCGACGACAUCGCCAAGGGCAAGAACGAGAACCUGCGCACCCUCGCCAUUGAGCAGUCCAAGGCCCGCGGCUCCGUCGGCGUCAAGACUCCCGAGGCCAAGGUCCAAGAACUGUCUCGCGUCGCCGCCUUUGCCAACCCGGACGCAGACACCUACCAGCGCCUACUGCGGGUGUGCGGCUCCGUUGGUGCCGCCGCUACGGCAAUGGGAAAGGACUCCCAGAUCGCUGUUUUCGAUGCCGUCCCCGCGUCAAACGGCGCGCCCAAACCUAGGGGCGUCGUCGAGCUGCCACGCGACGCUGAAGAUUUGGACAUUGUGCAGACCGGCGAUGGCCAGUUCCAGUUGGCCUUCUGCCACAAGUAUGAGCUGCGACUUCUCGACAUUGGCAAGGAGGAGACGGAGCCACGCCUCGUCUUUACGAUGCCCGACGACCAUGGCGAACGACCAGUCUUCCGCUCCAUCCGCUACCUGUCCCCAGAGUUCAUUGUCGCCGUCUCCAAUCUGCCCAAGAGGAGCGGCGUGCUCAUUCAGGGCUUCCGCCUGCCGACGCCCGGCCACGAAAACGCCCGCAUUGCCGUCACGACGCGCAUUCCGCGCAAGAUCUCGGCCACUGCCAUGGCCGUCGCCAAUCUCGCCCCUCCCGAAACCCCCGGGGGUCCUGUGCGCGACACACAGUUCAUCAUCGCCGUCGCCGGCCAUGAUUCGUCGAUAUCCGUCUACACGCUCGAGCAUCAGCUCUCCACUGCGCUGAACCUGCUCCACGACCUGUAUCCCUUGUACACACUCAAAGAUGUCCAUGGCGCCGAUAACAUCACCGGCGUUGCCUUCUCCCGCUUCGUCACUCCCAAGGCCCACAUCCGCCAGCAGUUUAUCAAGCUCGCCAGUAUCUCCCUCCAAAAGUCUGUUGCCGUGCACAGCAUCCCCCUCAAGAAGUUCGUCGACAGUCGGCCCCGCAACGCCAAGGCUCCGCCUCGCCCCGUGAGAUACGUCACCGCAAUGAAGGCGCGGCGUCCCUCGCCUCGCACAUUAAUCAUCAUCCUCACAUGCAUAGUGCUCAUCAUGGCCAUUGUGUGGCAGUCGGUCAUGGAAAUGUACGGCCGCUCGAGGCCCGUUCUCUCCGCGCAGCAAUGGCUCCCCUCGUGGCACGGCACACUGCGCUCCCCGGACCACCAGCCGUCCGUCUUCUUCGAGAACCACAUCAUCUCCAAGCUCGCCAGCGGCAAGACCCUCCUCGAGGGCGAGACCAUGGUACUUUAUGAGACCCAGGCUCCCAACGGCGAGGCUGAGGCCACGCUCACCGCCGAGGUCCACGAUCACAAGGUCCACGGUCCCGCCAAGACGUGGGAGGACCUCCCCGCCGAUCAGAAGCUAGUCUGGCGCCAACGUCUGCGCGAGGCUGGCGCCUGGACUCAGGGCAUGGGCGAGAGCGUCUUCAAGGGCAUUCUGUUUGGGCAGAUUGCCGGCGCCAUCGGCGACGCUGUGGGCAACUAGUGGCGGCCAUGAGCAGAAGGCAUCACCACACGCAAAGCGGUAGGGGACAUGCAUCAUGAACCUGGAUUCUACCGCAUGACCGACAAUGAUUGGUUGGACUGUACACUUUUUUUCCACUUUGACGAAACAUACGGGACGCUACUUCGUGGGCUCGGACGCCUGGUUUUGGACUUACAAAAGGAGUUUCGUUGGUCUUGGUAUACGGGCAUGAUUGGUGGUGGUGUAGGAAGGCCUGGAAGGGGGGCCUGUGUAUAGCAUGAUUAAGUGGAAAGACAUAUGACGCUUG